UCAUGAAGGCCUAACAGUGAGGUGGGCAGGGCAUUGAAGUGUAAUCGGUCAAAAUACAUUGUAAUCAGAUAAUUAGGAUGGCAGAGCAAGAAGAGAAAUGGUUUCGAUGUCUGUACCAGUUUCAUCCCGGGUACACUAGUGAGUCUACAGAUCAAAUUAUGCCAUGGUUGAAGGAGGAAGUGAUGCCCCUUGCCGCCAAGAAACUCUGCCAUUCAGUUGAUUACAAAAUAUUGGCUGUAGGCUCUGGCACUGGGAUGGUCGAUAAGCGUUUGCUGCAUUUGAUCGAAGAAGAGCUAAGGGUUUGCAAGUGGCCUAAAAUUACGUAUACUGUUGUCGAGGUUGAUCCAGAAGCAGUCGAGAUGUGCAAGAAAAACCUGAGCACCAUGGGCCUAGACAUCGAAUUCAAAUGGGAAGUUAUGACUGUGAAUCAAUAUUUUAGCAAACCACCAGAACAAUUUGACAUGAUCCAUUUCAUGUAUUCUCUCUUUGUUAUGGAUAAACCUCUUGAUGGCGUUGUUGAUUUGCUUAAAAGAAACUACCUUGCCAAAGAUGGUGUUUUUUUCACCAUGUAUAAUGACAGUAAAGAAGAAUUUUUUGGAGAUAUAAUGUUUGAGAACAUGAAUUCAAUAAUGAAGGUUUUUGAAGGAGGGGAUGCCUUUGAUGCCAGCCAGUCUGUAGGUGGAACAGAAGGGGAGCCAUGCCAAACCUUGGAUAAUAAUGCAUUGUCACAACAAGUUGUAGAGCUAGGAUGGGGUUGCAAAGUUUUUAGCAAAUACAACAAAGAAUAUGUGACAGAUAUUUUGGAUAGAACUGACGCAGGUAUAGAAAAACUUGGAUACAUUCUUGGUUGCAGUGCCUUAAAAAGGAAGAUGCCUGCAGAAGAUUUAGAAAAAAUAUUACAACAAAUUGACAAAAAAGCAAACAAAGAAGUGGUUGAUGGAAAAGAAAUUAGAUUUGGGGAAUCACUUCACCAUAUGAUUAUGAUUUACCAUGCUUAAAGAAACAAACAAUGCACAAGACAGAAUGCACAGACAGAAUUUCAUGAUGCACUUCCAACAGACAGAGAAUCCUCUGUAGACAGAUAUUUUUUUAAGCUUUCUUGACAUAGUGUGGGCCCUUUAACUAGCAACAAUGCAAGUCAAUGUGGUGCAAAUGAAGCCCACCUCUUGUUUAACUGCAAAAUGUAACAAGAACCAAGUGCGCAGGUGCAAAUUGCAGAAAAAUUAGAUUUGGCACAGACCCUAAGAUAACCCAAUACUGCCAGGAACAGGUCAAUAUGUGUUAAUACGCAAGAUUUAUAGUGGCAUAGGUAGGAAUUUCAAACAAAGGGGGUUUAGAAAUUUAUGAGAAGGGGCUCGACAUGCAAAAGUUUGAGGGAGCUAACCAUGCAAAAGGCCAAAGGUAACAUUAUUUUUGUAUUGUUUUAAGAAUAAUUGUUUUGAAGAAUUAUUUUAAAGAAUAAUUAAGUACAGCUUUUGCAGGAUAAUUUCUGCUCAUGCAGUUAAAUAUUUCAACACUUCCACGCAGUCUAAGAAAAUACUUUAGUUGUACGAGUAGGAAAGUAUGGAAGACAAUCAAAGGAAAACAGGGGCUUGUCCAUAUAUAAUCCAUGAUGUUUUAUGAAAAUUAAAAUUAACAGGACAUUUUUUUAGAGUAUCAAAGUAAAAAGUUGAUCAUACCAAGAACUUUGAGGGAUGCUUCCCUGGGAAACCCCCUGGUGUGCAUUGCAAUUAAAAGAACUUUAAUUCUCUCUUACCUUGCCAUAUA